UGACAACCGGCCGCCAUGUUGGUGAGGGCGGCGGCCGGCCUGCCCGGGCUGCGGCGGCUGUGGGGGCGCGGUGGGAGCGGGGCCGGAGUCUGGCGCUGCUUCCCGCUGGGCCGGGCGCUGCUGAGCGUGCGGGGCGCCGAGGCGGCCGUUUUCCUGCAGGGGCUGCUCACCAACGACGUCACGCGGUUGGUGGCGGCGGGGGAGGGCCCCGGGGGCCCGCCGCGCGCGCUGUACGCGCAUGCGCUCAACGUGCAGGGCCGCUGCCUCUACGACCUCAUCGUGUACAGGCUUCACAAGAGUCAAGAAGAAGAGCCACACAUCCUGCUGGAGUGUGACAGCGGCGUGCUGGACGCCAUACAGAAACAUCUGAAGCUCUAUAAGAUCCGGAGGAAAGUCAGCAUCACCCCUUGCCUCGACCUUUCAUUGUGGGCUGUAGUCCCCGGGGAGCCGGCCGGGGACAUCAGCGGUUCCCUCAUGCAGUAUGCAGACCGGGCUCUGGUUUUAACUCCUGACCCCAGAGCAGAAGUCAUGGGCUGGAGACUGAUUAUAAAGACAGGAGCGAAUCUACCAGAGAUUAUCCCUGGAAGUCGUGUUGAAAACGUUCAGGAUUACCACAGGCACAGGUAUAAGCAAGGAAUUCCUGAAGGUGUGAAAGAUCUCCCUCCUGGAGUAGCCCUCCCACUGGAAUCCAACCUGGCCUACAUGAACGGCGUCAGCUUUACCAAAGGCUGCUACAUUGGGCAGGAGCUAACAGCCAGGACCCACCACAUGGGUGUCAUUCGCAAGCGUUUGGUGCCGGUGCAGUUUUCAGUUCCUCUUCCCUGGGAGAGCAUUCCUGAGGGUGCUGAAAUCUUGACUGAAUCAGGAAAGGCAGCUGGCAAGUUCCGGGCUGGAGGAGAUGAACUUGGCAUAGCUUUGCUGAGGCUGGCUAAUGUAAACGAACCACUCCGCCUAAAUGUAGCAGGUGAUCAAGUGAAGCUCACUGCAAGUAUACCUGAGUGGUGGCCAAAAACUGCCAGCAAAUAAAUGAGGAGCCACCACUUGCACAUUUGCCUUAUUGAGAAUGUAUUUUGUGUGUCAGGGUUGGAAAGAUGACUCUGCCUUCAGCUCUUGUUUGUGGUGUUUGAUGAGGGUGUGUGUUAGCAGAAUUCUUCAAGAUGGGCUUAAACUGCAGGAGUGCAAACCAGCAGCAAAUUGCUGUUACACGAUGUGGAGAGACCCUUACAAGACAGGGUACAAAGGAGACAGCACCUUUUUCUGAAGGUGCCCCACUUUUAUUUAGGGGAUGUCAGGUGCUGCUGGGUUAGACUCCUGCUGAAUCCCGAGUUUCACCUCUGUAUGCACUGAAAUCUUCUGUUCAUAAUAUCCCAUCUGUGGUAUUAUGUUGUUUUUUAUUGGACAGCAUGCUGCACUUACCUUGAAUAGGGUACAUUGUUGCUAUACUCAGGAUGAAGCGUUCAUUGCAAAAUAUUUGUUGCAUUGAGCUUCUCAUUAAACUUGCUGAUUGGGUGGGUGUUGUUUCCCAGCACUCUAAUUGCUAAUUAUGUUCAGGAAGAGGAAUACCUUCUACUUCUGCUUUUGGAUCUGCUUUUAAUAUGUCACCCCACGAUGAGAAAUAUGGGAAGACUCACAAAUGUCCCUGUCCUGUGCCCUGCUUCAGAGCCAGCAGAGGGAGCAGAGCCAGCAGCAGCCUGCAUCCGUACUCCUCUGCCCUUGCUCACCUUGGCCAUGCAUGCUUCAUUCACUCAGCCAACUGUUUCAGAGAGGAAAGUGAUAUUUUACAGAAAUAAAGUGCUUUAGGGCGCACCCAAGAGUGACUAUUGUAUUGGUGUACUGGUCCUUGGCUGAAUAAUCUGUUACUAUGUUUUCCCUACAGUGUUACUCAUUGAGUUACCAACAACUUGUCUUGGCCUCUUAGUGAUUUGUGCCUGAAUGUAUGCACAGUUACCCAGGAGGAAAGAUUCCUGGCGCUGUUUUAGUUACACAGUUGCAAAUGAAGGUAAUACCCAGGUGAAGGUGUUGUGACUAAAUGCACGAAGCAGUAGGAUAAUAACCCUGUAAUCUUGCAAAAAAUAAUAAUAAUAAUAAUAAUCCUCUGAACUUUCCAGAAGGCUUCAGCAAGGCUGUGGUUGCUGGAGAAGAUGCUGGUGCUAUCUUGCUUAGCCUGGUGUUCGUGGCAGGAUUUUCACCAUAUUCACUUCUCUGGCUGCUCUUGCUCUUCUGAGAGCAAUCUGUACUCCUCAUGGAGUACAGGGAUGGCAAAACAAACCAUCCCUGGCUGAGGUUUUCUCACCCACCCUUCACCCUCUGGGUUUUCAGAGCAACCCAAGACUUCAGUGUUGCUUUGCUGCUUUUUAUUUUCUCUCUCCUGCUCCUCUUCUGUCUUCCAUCUUGUUCCUGCUUCUACAAUCACUGCAUCCCUCUCUGCUCCCCAAAUCCAGGCAGGUUCUGUGCUUACUAACCCUCUCAACCUGUGGUCAUUUAUAGGAGGACGAUUUAUUUUUAUAUUGCAAUAAAUCCUUUGUGUCUAGUCUGGUAAUGGCAUGGGUGGUGAAGGGGGGUGAUGAGAAAGUGAGCAGGUGACUGAGAAAGCUCUCCUAUGUGUUAUUGUAGUAAAAAACGUCCAAAGUGCAUUUUGUUACUGUGAAGGGGAUUUAUCUGUGGGGGGGGAAAAAAAAAAAAAAAGCUUUUACUGUUUAAAACUCACGCUUGCUGUGAAAUGAAUCUGUGAAAUAUCUCAUUAAAAGUUUAUUGGAUCAGUAAUUUAAAUAA